CUUUAUUGUUACUUUUUAUAAUGCAGUCUUGGCGAAAUUUGUGAUUAUAGAAGUAUAAAAUACAAUCAUAAAAUGUAUACAAACUUACAAUUCCAAUUAAUUAUAGUCGAAUUUCGGCUACUGCGGGACCACUAGUUACAAUAAUAAUAUCUCGGAUCAACUUUAUCGCAGUGCAGUCUCAGUUUGACUCUUAUUCGAACAACAACCCUGUUAUAUACCAACAUACAAUUCACGAUUAAACUGUGUGUAGGGUACUUUCAUGUACCAUUUGUUUAAUUUAUGUGCUAAUAUUUGUGAUAGUCGAAUGUAUAUCGAUUGUGAUCUGCGACAAUGCUAAUUGUCACGUUACUUUGUGUGGUGCUUCCAUUGGUUGCAACGUCUGCUGAACGAAUUAAUGAAACAACGGAUUUCACAAUAAACAAAAGUCUCUCCAACGAAGACAAAUGGAUUUGGGGACCUGUUGAUGAUAAUAUUCAUAGUAGAACGCUGGCAGAAAAUAAUACAAAAAGCCAACCCUUGAUACAAACAUCACCUCGAACUCCAGUCGACCAAAAUGAAGAUCCUUGCGUCGCUUAUGAUCCUCCAAAACCAAAUUUCAGUCUACCUGGAAGACGUAUUAGUGAAGUCAAAUGUCAGGAGUACAUAUGGGAAUUAGAAACGAAAUCAAUAAAAGCUCUAAGAGAUUUUAAGUGCCAACAAACAAAUCCUGGACGCAUUAAAAAAAUACCAAUAAUCGUUGGAGGACGAGAUACAAUCCCCGGUGAAUUUCUUCAUAUGGGUGCUAUAGGAUGGAAGGGUGUUAGAAAUAACUGGCAAUUUAAGUGCGGUGGGUCACUGAUCAGUCCCAGUUACAUUCUCACCGCAGCUCAUUGCUCUGUGGCUUCGGCAAGCGAUACCACAUUACAGGAUGUAACGCCAAAAAUCGUUCGGCUCAACUUCAGAAAUAUAUUUUUUGUGGAAAAUGAAAUUAGGUUGAAAAAGUACGACGUUGGUAUCAAGAGGAUUAUCGUCCAUCCAGAAUACAAUCCGCCGAAUAAAUAUUACGAUAUAGCUUUAAUGGAAUUAGACCAUGACGUUGAAUUUAGCAAUUAUGUCUUCCCUUCGUGUCUCUGGAGUAAGCCUGAUAUAGCGGAAUUAGGAACUUCUGCCACUGUGACCGGCUGGGGUGCUUUACACGAAGGAAGUUCAGAUAUCUCUCCGGAGCUGCAAGCUGGCGAUGUCAAUGUGAUCGACAGUGAUAUGUGCGAUCAACUUCUCCAAGCAUAUUGCAAUAGGAACUGGUGUGGCUUGAUGGAUCAUCAGCUCUGUGCGGGGAAACUAACAGGCGGCGUCGACUCUUGUCAGGGUGACUCCGGAGGACCACUUCAAGUCAAAAUUAACUUAAAGGUAGACUCCGCUUACAACAUCUACCAUAUUAUCGGAGUGACGUCAUUCGGCAUCGGAUGUGCUCAAGCGAACACACCCGGGAUUUAUACUCGGGUAUCCAGUUUCAUUGACUGGAUAGAAAAUAUCGUAUGGCCCUGAAAAUGCGGUGCAAAGAUGGAAAACAAUUGAUACAGGACAAAUGUAUUUCCUAACUUCUGAAGAAUUCCUAACUAUAUCUUAAAUGAUUUAUACAAAUAAAUGGUGUUUGGGUAUAAAAUAUUAAAGAAAUUCUCAUAAAAUUUACAUUUAUAUUGUAAUUGACAUACAAUGUUUUAUUUGUUUAAUACAUUUUUAAUACUUAUGCUGUUAUUGCUUUAUUUUUAAUCUGGUGAAAUUUAUACAAUAAAACAGAAAAGCAA